AUGAGGAAAGAAGGUUACAAGAAAAAAACGGAUCCAACGGAAGAGUGGAAGGGAGCAACUAAAGAAGAAGCGAGAGAAGAAGGAGAUGAUGGUGAUGAUGAUGAUGAUGAUGAUGACGAAAAAGAAGACGACCACUACGGCAACGAAGACGAAGACAUAAAAGAAGACGAGUAUAAAUUGCGAGAAGGAAAGGAAAGAAGAAGCGAAAAUGCGUGA